AUGUCGUCCACCUUUACCCCCCUCCGGGCGGUAAUCCUCACCUUCGACCAAAUCGACCUCAUCGACUUCGCAGGCCCCUAUGAAACCAUCUACCAAGCCCGCGACCUGGCCACGGGGAACAAACUCUUCCGCAUCGAAAUUGCCGGCCCCGGUCUUACUGCUGCCGACAAUGCAGCAACGAUGAGCACAUACCAGGGUCUCACAUUCAAGCAACACAUUAGUUACAGUCAAGUCCUCGAUGAAUUAGCCGAUAUUGAUUUGUUGGUCGUGUCCGGCGCAAAUUGGGCUACGACGGAGAAGUUGAGUCAGUGGGAAGAGUUUCCAGUCAGGAGGAUCAUAAAGGAGUUUGCGGCGUUGCCGAGCAGAGACGCUGCAGAUGGACGGCCGCCGAGGGUUUUGUUGUCGAUAUGUAGUGCCUCAUUCUUCCUUGCUGUUGCGGGCGUGCUUGCGAACCGAAGGGUGACGACGCACCACCUUAUUAUCAAAGAAUUGGAAGAUUUAUGCGCCAAGUUGUAUGGUGCUGGCUCGACGGAGGUUGUGCGUAAAAAGUUUGUGGAUGUGGGCGCGCUGGAGAAUGGGAUCAGAGUGGUCGCGUCGGGAGGGUUGACGAGCGGGUUUGAUGCUUCGUUGUAUGCGAUUGAGUUGAUUACGAAUGUGAAGGAGGCGGAGAGGGUUAGUGGGAUUUUGGAUUAUCGAUGGGUGAGGUCUGAGGGGUUGAUUUGA